UCAAAACCGAACCUCACAGUCUGUUCGAGUCAGGGGAACAGGUUGGAAAGAGCCCGACGGAGGCUCGUACAAUCAAAUACUGUUGGUUGCAGGUUGUAACCGGAUCUAACACACAAGCUGGAAGGGCUCAGUGCAGCGUGGGUGCCCAGGGAUCCACUGCCUGAGUGUGGGGAGAGCAGCGGCCGAGACCCCAGAGACAUGAACCACACCAAGGGUGGCCUGGUCAUCUUCACCGCCAACUCGCACCCCUCGAGCCGUGAGCUGGGCAAGAGGAUUGCAGAGCGUUUAGGGGUGGAGCUUGGCAAGGUGCAGGUGUACCAGGAAGCUAACAGAGAAACGCGGGUACAGAUCCAAGAGUCGGUGCGAGGCAAAGAUGUCUUUGUCAUCCAAACGAUGUCAAAGGACGUGAACACCACCAUAAUGGAGAUGCUGAUCAUGGUGUACGCAUGCAGGACGUCCUGCGCCAAAAGCAUCACGGGCGUUCUCCCCUACUUCCCCUACAGCAAGCAGUGUAAGAUGAGGAAGAGGGGCUCCAUCGUGUCCAAGCUUGUUGCAUCAAUGAUGUGUAAAGCUGGCCUCACCCACCUCAUCACCAUGGACCUCCAUCAGAAAGAGAUCCAAGGCUUCUUCAACAUCCCAGUGGACAAUUUGAGAGCCUCCCCGUUUCUGCUGCAAUAUAUCCAGGAAGAGAUCCCCGACUACCGAAACGCUGUGAUUGUUGCCAAGUCGCCAGCUUCUGCCAAAAGGGCUCAGUCGUUCGCCGAGCGGCUGCGUCUGGGUAUCGCAGUGAUCCACGGAGAAGCUCAGGACGCCGAAUCAGACCAAGUAGACGGCCGACAUUCCCCACCCACCGUCAAGACCACCGGAGCCAUUCACCCCAGCAUGGAGAUACCAUUGUUGAUCCCUAAAGAGAAGCCCCCCAUCACUGUGGUGGGAGACGUCGGAGGACGCAUCGCCAUCAUAGUGGAUGACAUCAUCGAUGAUGUGGACAGCUUCGUGGCAGCAGCGGAGACGCUGAAGGAAAGAGGGGCCUACAAGAUUUUUGUCAUGGCGACACACGGCCUCCUCUCCUCAGACGCCCCCAGGUUCAUAGAGGAGUCCGCAAUCGAUGAGGUGGUGGUGACCAACACGAUUCCCCACGAGCUCCAGAAGCUCCAGUGUCCAAAGAUCAAGACGGUGGACAUCAGCAUGAUCCUGUCAGAGGCCAUCCGCCGCAUCCACAACGGAGAGUCCAUGUCCUACCUGUUCCGCAACAUCGGAGUGGACGACUGAAUAACCUGU